AUGGCUCCGAUUCGCUCUCGACGAACCCUUCGCCCGCGCUGGUCGCGUGGCAUCUCCAAAGGAAACGCCGCUGAGCGAGUCUUCAACAUCCCAGAGCUGGUCUCUGAGAUUGUCCACUGGCAGGUCCAGGGACUUGACGACUUCAUCUACGAGAAGUCGCGGAGGAUUGGAGGAAAGAAGCAGUGGGUGAGGCCAACGAAGUUUCGGCCAUGGAGAAUGGGCCUGGGAACCAAGCGGGAGCCCUAUGUGGAGGACCAGGCGGGUUAUCUCUGGCAAUUCUCGGCCCUUAACCGGGUCUGGUACACAGAGAUAAUCGACCGUCAACGGACCUGGAAGAACACAAUGGGUGCGAUGGACACGCCGGCCGUGCCUCGCUCACUAGACGUGAUCUUUGCAAAGGUCCCCGCCCAAUUCCGCCAACAGUACGCUGACCAUGUUGAGCUGGCCUCGCUGGUCACCGUCGACGCCGGGGAUGCCCGUGCUGCUGACGCCGUGCUGCGGGAUGUUCGUUUCCCAAAGUUGCGGGUACUGAAAUUGUGCAUCCGAGGGAGCAGUCGCGACUCUGACAUUCGGACCCUUAUGGAUGGCGUGCAUAUCCCGCGCCUCCAGGGCAAAUCUGUCACCGUCCUCUCCAUCAGUAGCUAUGGUGGAAGCCAGCCGGAAUGGAGAUGGCCUCUCCACGGGUUGCCCGAAGAUUGGGCAAAGUUGUUCCGACGGAUUUCGGUCCUUUUUCCGAAUCUCGAGAAAGUCGAGAUCGGACACUAUGUCCUUGUCGCCGACAAGGUUGUCAAAAGCUUCGCUCGUCGGCACCCAGCCCUACGGACCCUUGAGCGGCGCAUUUUCGAGCGUUCAAUCAUGGCCUUCGAUCUUCUCGGAGAGCCUUCUCGGAUUUGA